AUGGCCCCUACAACGAGACAGCAAGCUUUAACAGCUGUAAGGCCAGUUGUACGCAGAAUUUUUUUGUGCUGGACUUUCGAAUUAAUUGUUGGCUUUAUUCACAUUGGCCUUGCUCUACCAACAUAUUACCAAAUCAAUUAUGACGUUCGUUAUCUAGUCAUAUUUAUUACUACGGGCGGCUUGACAAUUUUUUUCAACAUCCAUUUUAUCUGGAAGCUUAAGAAUCAUCGUGAUCAACAAAGUCUACAUGACAUGUCAUGGAUAUCCUAUUUUCUACCGGCUUUAACAGCUUCUAUGGCUGGUGUCUCAGCCCUAUUAACCAUUUUCCUUAUGGCUAAUUCAAAUACUCAACUCUCCGUAAUACUAUUUAUAUCGCAAUCCGCUUCAUUUGCUAUUAAUGUAGCGUUAAAUUUUGCUGGACUAUAUGGAUUAGCGAAAAUUUAUACAAAAUUGAAUCCCCAGAAAAACAACACUCAGAGGGCGAUUGCACCAGCUACUGCUGAUGAAGAUAUACAACUUUUAACGCAAAAUCCUCAUCUUAAUCAGAUAAUCGAGUACGGAACCCAACAAGGAAAUGCUACUAGACCCGAUGUUCCACGUAGCAGAAAUACACUACCCCGAAUUACUCAUUCUACCGUUGACGCUACCGCACCGGAAUUACCUUCUGAAGAGGAGCAUUACGGAACAAAUUAUGCCAUCGAAAGGCACGAUCCACAAUCAUCGGAUAUAUCAAGGGAACCUUUACAAAAACCCGUUCUACCAAAUAUUACGCAACAGGCACAUGCAUUGAAUGCACCCUCUGAUAAUGUAAAUAAGAACGAGGACGGAGUUGGACUACCGUCAUAUAAUGAAAUAUUUUCAUCUCAAGAGAAACAGUGA